AUGAUAAAAAUUUACUCGCUUUUGAAUCGAUUUACUGACGACGGCGUUUACUUGACGAUUGAUGGAGUAGGCGAUAAGCAAGAUCCCAGGGAAAAGUAUUCUUUAACUGCCACGGAUAUAAAAAAUGACCUGACGGACGGUCAAGGCCGGCCCCAAUGGAUUUUCUCGGCUUACGGGCCUGGAAGGAAUGCACCGGUACAGCUCUUCGGCGGGCCUGAAAGAGAGCAAAGCUUUGAAGAAAUGCGAGCAUUGCAUUACGCUGCUGUUGCCGAAGGGAAGCCGCAGGAGGCCAUACAAAAUGCAAAUAACCUGUUUGCUGCCACGGAAGCUCAGAUGAAGAACAUCAUCAACAAUUUGGAUGCUGCGAUCCAGUAUGUGGUUGAUGGAGAAAAUCAGCACCCAAACCGGCAUGACAUAGUAAACGGGAAGAUUACAGCGAUUUCCUCAUCUAAUACCCAGCCGAACCCAUUUUCCCAGCAGUCUCAGCCUCAAAACCCUGUUCAGCCUUCACCAUUUGGCGGUUCGAAUUCAUCUCAACAAUCAGGAGGAUUCGGUAGUACUUUUGGGAAGCCAACAAUGCUAGGCCAGCAGCAACCACAGCAACCCGCUUUUGGUACACCAUCCUUCGGUACACCAUCCCUUGGUGCCCCGGCAUUUGGCACUCCCUCCUUUGGACAGCCAUCCGCCAUGGGAAGCUCUCCUUUCGGCCAAGUUGCUGCUUCUGCAAACCAACAACAGUCAAACCCCUUUGGAAAGCCCACCGCCUCUCCAUUCUCCCAAGCUGCUCAGACCACCAAUCCGUUUGGCCAGCCACAAGCACAAGCUGCCCAAGCGCAACAAAGCUCUCCAUUCGCACAGCUUCAAAGCUCGACUCAGUCACAACCAGGCUUUGGGACAAAUCCAUUCGGCUCAGGCAAUUCUCUAAACCAACAACAAUCAACGCCAGCGCCAUUUGGACAGCCUUCCCCCUUUAAAGGUCCAGCGACUUCUGUUCAGCCUCAGGCCAGCGCAGUCAACGUACCACCGCCCAGUGGUCCCAUUCUUCCUGUGAAAAAUGCUAACCCCAACCUGAAUCCUCUACCUAAAACGUCUGGACAGACAGUGCAGGACCCUAUGACCAAAAAGCUCACAGUAUGGAAAGGUCUUCGGGUCCAGUAUAUUGAUGACGAGCCAUGCUACCAGCAUCCAGAUGAUCCGCAAUUUUAUGCUCAUAUAUUUUUUCCCGAUGGCCCGCCGAAGGCCGAUACAUUCAAGUACUCAGUGGCGUCUCCAGGGGAGUAUACUUCGGCUGUGGAAGAAGCUUAUAAGUUCGCCCAUGAAAACGGAGCAUUCAAAGAUGGAGUAAUGCCUUCGGUACCGCCUAAACCCGAAUGGUCAAGAUACGACAUCUGA